AUAAUAUCGUCGAUAAAAUGUCUGUCGAGUAUGAUCCCGUCACUAAAAUUUGGAAAGGACCAGAAGUCGAAUACGCUUUUGGUAAUAAAAGUGUUGCUGAAGUCGGAUAUGCUGAACUCUUGAAAGACUUGAAUCAUGUUUGUCAGAUAAGUGACGACACGGGCGAAGUUUACACGAAUGAACGAAUGCUUAAAGCAAGUGUGAGCUUCGCGAAUGGUCUGAAAGCAGCGGGAAUCAAAAAGGGAGAUGUAAUUAUCGUUUUAUUGCACAACCAUCAUUAUUUGUUGCCAACUUGGUUCGGAGCGGUUUUAGCUGGAGUUAUUUUGUGUCCUUUUCAUUAUACAGAUACUGCAGUAAAAGAUGAUUUGCCCGACAUUCUCAGAAAACUUAAUCCAAAAUUGAUGGUUACGAGUUAUUUGGAUUUAAUUGACGUUUUUAACGAUGCAUUUGAUAAAGUUAAUAUUAAAUGUCCCAUUUACGUUUACGAGAAUGAGAUUGAAGGUUGUCACGAUUUGAAACCUCUUUUUCAUGAUUAUUUUACAAGUUUUGAGGAGUUUAAGCCUGCUACAGUUGAUGAUCCUGAACAUGAUACCUUUGUUUUGAUUUUAUCUUCAGCAACUACGGGAAAAGCCAAAUUAAUUAAAUGCACGCAUAAGCAGCUUUUGACGCAAUAUACAUAUAACCUGCGAAAUAUUACAUUCAUUUCUACUGCUCUUCCUGGAUGGCAAUCUGAAUUCAUUUUCGGCAUUGGAUGUCUCUUGAACAACUGUUUACGUGUCACUCGUCAUAAUAUGACAAUCGAUCAGUUCCUCAUGAUAUUGGAUAAAUACAAAGCUUUUGCUUGUCUCGUCAAGCCAAAAGACAUUUUCGAUAUUCUCAAGUCAGAAACGAUCAAAAAAGUUGACUUAAGCAGUUUGGUGAUCGUUGUUUCAUCGGGACAUCAUCUCAGUCCCGAAUUAAAUCGACAAUUUCAGGAAUACGUUCCAAAUGGAAUCAUUCUUUCGGUUUACGGCACUUCUGAAUUGGGAGGCGGAACAACAGAAGCAAGUCAACUUGAUCCUGAUACGCCAAAUUUAGUGGGUCGUGUGAAGCAAAACUUUCAAUAUUACGUUCUCAAUGAGGAAGGAGAACGCGUUGGGCCUGGCGAAGUCGGAGAAUUGUGUUAUACGUCAACUUCUCCAUUUGUUGGAUAUUUUGAAGACGAAGAAGCAUCAAAAAAAUCCGUAACGAAAGACGGCUUCUUCUAUUCAGGCGAUCGUGGAUAUUUGGAUGUUCAUGGAAAUGUUUUCCUUCAGGACAGGAAAAAAUACGAAAUCAGUUAUCGUGGCAAGGCAUUGAAUCAAUGGGAUGUCGAGAAGAUUAUUUUGGAAAAAAUCGAUAAACAUGCAAUUCGCGAUGUGUGUGUUGUUGAUAUCGAGAGCAAAGAUCACGGAAUGAUGCCUAUAAUAGCGAUCGUACCCGGAGAUGAGAAAGAAGCUUUAAGCGAGGCGGAAAUUAUUCAAGUUGUCAUGAAACAUCAUCCAUUCGAGUUUGAGACAAAAGUUUUCUUUUUCGAUAAAUUACCGAUGACCAUCUCGGGUAAACAUAAAAAGUACCUCGUACGAGAAAUGGUGAUGGAAAAAAUCGCAAACGGAAAAUAAAAUUGUGUUGCAUAACUUUUCUUAUCGAGAUAAUAAAAGAUUAUCUUUUUCCAUUGUUUUCAUUA